AUGGGCUUCUUCAGGCGCAGAGAAGGCCGGGCAGCAAGCAGCAACCACAACAACAACAACACCAACAACACCCACGCCCACAGCCACCAUCACCACUACUUCGAGAAAGACGGCCAGGAGUCAGUGUUCUCUAAUAGCAGUUCCAGAGCAUCGAGCACGUCUGCGAGACUGCCGGUGUCUUCUAUCAGGUCGUCGAGCAACAACAGCCCAACCUCACAUCCGAUACCCGAAGUUCCCAUGGCGCCGCCGCCGGAUCCCAACCUGGACCCAGCAGCCUACCUGAGGAGCAUCCAUGCCGUCCGUCAGCGGUCCGGCCUGGUGAUGGAGAAGGCAAAGACGAACCAGCUGAACCAUUUCGAUGUCGACAUGAGCAAGUUUGAGACGACCGCUCAGUACAUCGUCUCUAUCAUCAAGAGAGACUACGCUCCGGAUUUCCAGAGUAUUCCGGAUCACGGACGCUGGCAGCACUUUGAUGUCGGUGGGAAACCUCGUAUCAACCAGCUGCUACAGUCAUGGCCAAGCACUAUUGACAAUCUCGAGAGAGCCCGCAGGCUAAUAGACCUCUUCCUUGUGUCUGUACUGCUUGACGCUGGUGCCGGAAACACCUGGUGCUACAAGUCAAAGGAGUCUGGAAAGGUGUACAGGCGGAGUGAGGGGCUCGCCGUCGCCAGUCUAGAGAUGUUCAAGGCCGGCAUGUUCAGCAGUGACCAUACCGAGCCAUGCCAGGUUGAUGGUGCUGGUCUGAGACGGCUGACUGUGGGAGCUUUGGCCAAGAGAAUGCAGCAUUCUGAAGAGAAUCCUCUUGCUGGCCUAGAGGGCAGAGCUGGCUUGUUGGCCAGGCUAGCAGACGCUCUGAACAACCAGGAACUCUUUGGCGUUGAUGCUCGGCCAGGGAACAUGCUUGACUAUCUUCUUUCUCAUCCAUCUACACUCGCUUCUUCUGUCCCCAUCAUCCCCGUCCCACUUCUAUGGAAUGUUCUCAUGGACGGAUUGUCUCCCAUCUGGCCACCAUCCCGCACCCAGAUCGACGGAAUAUCGAUCGGUGACGCAUGGCCCUGCAAAGCAAUGCCUUCGUCUCCCCCCGCAGCGCUAUGGGAGAACAUUGUCCCCUUCCACAAGCUGACGCAGUGGCUGUGUUACUCUAUCAUGGCCCCCAUGACCAAGAUAUUGAACAUCCGGUUCUCAGGCCGUGAAUUGCUUACUGGUCUACCGGAGUAUCGGAAUGGUGGGCUCUUGAUCGAUCUGGGCCUGUUGACAUUGAAACCAGAUGAUACUGAGCGGGGACUAGAGGCAUACAAAGCCAACGCCAUGAUCAAGGGUCAACCAAACGUGGAGGUGGUCCCACUCUUCAGCCCUGAUGAUGAUGUCAUCGUGGAAUGGAGAGCUCUAACCGUUGGCUUCUUGGACCAGUUGCUCGUAGAGGUAAACAAUCUUCUAGAGCUCAAGGAUGGACAACAACUCUGUCUUGCUCAGAUGCUUGAGGCAGGCUCGUGGAAGGGAGGACGAGAGAUUGCCGAAGUCUCCAGGCCCAACACAAAGCAGCCCCCUAUUAUGAUCGUAUCGGACGGUACCGUCUUCUAA